UCAAGCAUCAUCAAACACAAACACGCACCAGUGCACAACACACAGCAAACCCAUCUCACCCAUUCUGUCAAGCAACACAAGAGCGAUCGAGCGAGCAAUGGCUCCCAUGCUCAAGGGCAUCGUGGAUGCCGCGCCCAAGAGGGCGGCGUACGUGACCUUCCUCGCCGGCUCCGGCGACUACUGGAAGGGCGUGGUGGGCCUGGCCAAGGGCCUCCGCGCCGUCAACUCCGCCUACCCGCUCGUGGUGGCCGUGCUCCCCGACGUCCCCGAGGAUCACCGCCGCAAGCUGGUCGACCAGGGAUGCCUCGUCCGCGAGAUCGAGCCGGUGUACCCGCCCGAGAGCCAGACCCAGUUCGCCAUGGCCUACUACGUCAUCAACUACUCCAAGCUCCGUAUCUGGGAGUUCGUGGAGUACGAGAGGAUGGUGUACCUGGACGCGGACAUCCAGGUGUUCGACAACAUCGACCACCUCUUCGACCUCGACAAGGGCAGCUUCUACGCAGUCAUGGACUGCUUCUGCGAGAAGACGUGGAGCCACACCCUGCAGUACAGGAUCGGCUACUGCCAGCAGUGCCCGGACCGGGUGGCGUGGCCGGAGCGUGAGCUCAGCGUGCCCCCGCCACCGCUCUACUUCAACGCCGGCAUGUUCGUGCACGAGCCCAGCCUCGCCACCGCCAAGGCCCUCCUCGACAGGCUCGUCGUCACCGACCCCACCCCGUUCGCCGAGCAGGACUUUCUCAACAUGUUCUUCAGGGACGUGUACAAGCCCAUCCCGCCGGUGUACAACCUGGUGCUGGCCAUGCUCUGGAGGCACCCGGAGAACGUCGAGCUCGACAAGGUCAAGGUCGUGCACUACUGCGCAGCGGGUUCGAAGCCGUGGAGGUACACCGGCGAGGAGGCCAACAUGGACAGGGAGGACAUCAAGAUGCUCGUGAAGAAAUGGUGGGACAUCUACAACGACGAGAGCCUGGACUACAAGGCCGGCGAUGAGGGCACCAACCUGCUACGUGGAGCUCUGGUUGAGGCCGGUGCCGUGAAGUACUUCCCGGCGCCCUCGGCCGCGUAGGCUCGCUGCAUGCCGGCGUUUGCCCGGCUGGGUCGUCGCACAAUGAUUAAUUAAGUACUAUCUGUAGGGGAUUUCGGAUUUUCGGUAAUGAACUUUACUAUAGCAUCGAAGUAUGGAUGAGGGAUCGAUCUAGACGUUUUUUGGUAUGGUAGAUCAAUCUAGUCCAUGUUUCUUGUUUAAUAUUAGUUUGCAAGAAAAAUAGACGCGUGUACACAAUGUAUAGAUAUACUCUUGUUACCUACGUGUAUUUUGCAUGCUUAAAUCAAAGCUAUUUGCAAAUUAUUGUGCA